GGCUGUGUAGAUUGAAGUGCUCCAUUGCCAGAAGCUUGCAGGUCCAUGAUUCACCAGAUUUCCUGCACUGAGCCCUUGACAGUUCUGCAGUUUUAAAGCCUGAAAAUUGCCUUUUCACAAGAUGGCGCUGAAGGUGAAGAAGGAAGCUCCUGCCCCACCCAAAGCCAAAGCUGAAGCCAAAUCAAAGGCUUUGAAGGCCAAGAAGUCAGCGCUAAAAGGCGUCUACAGCCACAAAAAGAAGACCCGUAUGUCACCCACCUGCCGGCAGCCAAAGACACUGGAGCUCCAGAGGCAGUCCAAAUAUCCUCAGAAGAGCGCCCCCAGGAGAAACAAGCUUGACCACUACGCCAUCAUCAAGUUCCCCUUGACCACUGAGUGGGCCAUGAAGAAGAUAGAAGACAGCAACACACCUGUGUUCAUUGUGGAUGUCAAAGCCAACAAGCACCAGAUCAAACAGGCUGUGAGGAAGCUCUAUGACACUGAUGUGGCCAAGGUCAACACCCUCAUCAGCCCUGAUGGAGAGAAGAAGGCAUAUGUUCUACUGGCUCCUGAUUACGAUGCCUUGGAUGUUGCCAACAAAAUUGGGAUCAUCCCACUGACUAAUUCUAAAUAUAUGUAUCUUUUCACCUUAAAAAAUAAAGCCUGAAAAUCUA